AUGGCGAACUCCCUCACAAAUGUAGAUAUUGAGCGGCAAGAAAUGGACAUGGAUAGCCUCAGUCGGGCUGAGUCAACAACACAGCAGGGGGUUCUCGAUAGUACUCCGCGCGCAGUGUCUGCUGUGAUCCAGUUACGAACUAGAAACGAUAACUCGGAUGAUCCGAUAAUUCUCCGUCACCGAGCACUUCAUUGCCUCUUCGGACUGCCGACAGAUCAUAUCUCGGAAUGGAGUGGGCUGCUAUGUUUCUUUGGUCACUUGGAGCUGCUCUUUGAACAGCUUCUUGAGCCAUGCUUCAACCAUAUCUGGCCCAUCAUUGGCCGAAGCGUCCCGAAAUCCUCUCUAGAAGGAUGGCACUGGUGUUUUGCCGUGAUCGACGCAUACGGAUUAUGUACCACCCAAGACCCAAGUAUUGAAAGCAUUUACAGGCGACUUUGCCAGCCAGGGAGCAUACAGACUGCUGGGAGACGAUGUGAAACAUCGCCGGAGGAGAAGGCGUACAUCCUCCAAGCAAUCUUUGCUGUCAUUUGCUGGACUUCCGGAACACUGACGCCGCUUUUGGGGAAUGAAGCGGCGCUGCACCUCUCUAAGAUUACUGUUGCAGGCGCUUCCGAUGGAACAGAUACGCCCGUUACCCUCCUAGCUGAAAACUGCUCGCGCAUCUAUUCAACCAACGAACUCCGGAGACCUACGAGGAAGAUGUUCUACUCGUUUCUCCUUCGGUCGGACAUCAAUGAAAGUCUCGCGUUCGCCAGGACUCGUGCACCCCUCCUUGAACGUAUUCGCAAUCCAGAUUCCGGUGUCGGGGACAUGUUGCAUGUAUCCAGUCUCAAUUAUGGCUCACUGCACGCAAUCGGAGGCGUCAAGAUCAAGUGGGUCGGCGUCUUGACAGCGCAUCUUUAUUUUGACCGGGUGAAGCGAGAACUGUCAGUGUACCAGUACCCGUCGUUUUGUGCAGCAAAAAUACUUUCCAACCAGAAAAUCGAUGUUGUAGAAAGUAUCACACGAAUAAUGCUGCCUUCUGAGGACUCCUUUGGCUUAUCGGAGGAACCAGACUCAGUGUAUCGAGAAAUAUUGCUGUCCUAUCGUGUUCUCUUUGGUCAGUCAGAGACUUCACGGAAAUUGAUGAGGAGAAUGCUAGGCAGUUUCAAACUGAGCUCCGGCAGAGCGACUCCAGGCCAUAAAUCUCGCUGCUACCAAGGCGAGAAGGAUGGGUUUCUUGAGACCUUGUGCAGUCUGGCUCUAUAUCCUGGCCGGCAUCUAUCGCAACUUGGGUUCAGGAGACAGCCAAUUCCUUGUAUUGAAGGGCGACUUUUCCCCAUCUCGUCCCUCAGCGCGGGCAACGAGCUUAUCGAGUCGGACACGUAUUCAGCCAAGGAUGAUUUUCCCGUUUUCGGUUCCAGGCUGCUGACGCUACAAAGAUACAAUAUGAGACGCCAGCCCAGCAAACUAUCAGAUGUUGGGAGGGACAAACGCAAUUUAGUGCAGUGGUAUACCUUCUGGGCGGUCGUAAUUAUCGGUGGAUGUGGGCUUGUUUUAGCGGCGUUGCAGCUGCUAGUCGGCGUGGUCCAGGUUGUGUAUGCAAUUCGACCAUGA